ACCAAACCUUUCACACGGUCACGACCGCCCCUAAUCUUGACCUUUUACCUUUACCAUUUAAGGAAGGGAGCUCCUCACAAAGCAAAAAUGAAGCCUGUGGACAAACCAUCUACAAGUCCUCAAGGCCUUUUCAGAAUGUUGUGACUCCUCCAGUCACUCUACAUGCGUGCACAAAAUGACGCACACCUUUCAUUUUUAGACACCGAAGUUGUUGACAAAGUCAGCUUCCCUGUUCUGCUUUUUUAUUUUAAUUUUUUGCACACCUUGAGCGGAGAUGGGCUGCCUCAUUAGGAUCCCGGCUACUCUGCCUGCUUGGAAAGCCACUUUUUUACUUUUAAAUAUCAUCUCAGCUGCCUGGGGCAAAAGACACGCUGUGUUUUGGAACUCGACCAACAACAGGUUAACAGCAGGGGAACUCUCCAUCCAGGUGAACCUGAACGACUACCUGGACUUCUACUGCCCCCACUACCCCAACAAGCAGCCUGUGGGGGCCAAGGAGCCUGAGACGCUGGCCCUCUACCUGACGGAGGAGGCGUCUUUCCAGGGUUGCGUGGAGAACAGGAUGGCCAUCAAGCGGUGGGAAUGCAACUCCCCCGAUGCGCCGUUUGGCCCGGUGCGCUUCUCGGAGAAGAUCCAAAGAUUCACCCCCUUCUCUCUGGGAUUUGAGUUUCUGCCAGGACGACACUACUAUUAUAGCUCUCUACCCACAGAUGAAGGCCCUCCGCUGCCGUGUAUGAAGUUGCGCGUCACCGUGUGCUGCGAGAGCGCAUCCAAGGGCUCCAAGCAAAAACAAGCGACCGCACCUCUAAACGCUGUUUAUCCAUCAAGGACACCUUCACUUCCUUUCCUCCUCCUCCUCGUCCUCCUGCUGACCACCUGACCUCCUCGCACCCGUCCACCGGCGAGAUGACGCUCAGGAAAAGACACCGAGGGGUGAUCCGCACGGUCCCGGUCCGUGCAGUGAUCGUGCGGACGACGCCUUGUCGCCGCCCGCACAAAAACACAAACGGGUGGAUUGCAGGUCUUCGCUCAGGGACAAGAAAUCCCACACGGAACUUUGUGGUCUUUCAGCCUUUCGGGAUCGCCUCGUCGAUAUCGCUGCACGUUGCCACCGUUUUUUCCACAGAAAUGACGUCAUUAGACGGUAUCAUACUACACCUCCAAUCAUUAGACAAUCCAAAUGUCAGCCUGUACAACGGGGGUGGAUGAUACUGCAAAUUUUGGUAUCGAUUCCAUACCAACUAAUUACAGUGCCGGUAUUAAGAUGAUUUCAUGUUUUUGUGAUUUUUUUUUUUCCCUGUUUUUUACUUUUAGCAACAAACAGAUUUGCCCGCAAUAUCUAAAUCCAACAAUAUCAGCAAAAUCACCUUCAGCGUCAUUGAAAGGUUCCAACAAAUGGGCGAUACAGUAAAUAUAGGUAUUGAGCCGAUAUCAGGUAAUUACAAGGCCAAUAUCUUGGGUGAUGCCGAUACGUGUUCACGUGAACAUUUUCAAAAUCAGCAAAUCAUUUUGCAUACAUAUUUAAAAAAAAAAAUGACAAUUUAAAACGAUAUCAGCAAAAUAAACCAAUGAUUCUGUUCAUCAUUCAAAAGCUUUCAACGCGUCUCACAGGACUGAGGGUGGCCGAUAGUGGAAAUGUUGGUAUCAAUUUGACACCAAGUAAUUACAGGGCCAAUAUUCCUGAUACCGAUACUUUUUUACAUUUUUCUAAAUCACGGAAUGUAUUUUUAGCAAGAAGCUCAUUUGUGAGCAAAUGGAUAAAUACAACAAAUAAAACAAUAUCAGCAAAAUAAACCAAUGAUUCCCUUCAUCAGUCAAAGGUCUCAACAAGUCUCACAGGACUGAGGGUGAGCGAUACCGCAAAUUUUGGUAUCAAUCCAACACCAUGCCGUUACAGGGCCAAUAUUGCUGAUACCGAUACGUUUUUACAUGAAGAUUUUUUUCUUGUCACUAAUUUUAAUUCGCAACAAACUCUUUUAUGAUCAAUAAGAUCAUAUAAAACAAUAUCAGCAAAAUAAUCACAUUUUGGUAUUGAUUCGAUACCAAGUAACUGCAUGGCUAGUAUAUACUGAUACCGACUUUUGGGACAAAUUUUCAAGGUCAUUUGAUGAUUUUACCUCUUGAUUUAUUGAUCAGGAUUACAACUACCACAAAAUGCAGGGAAAAGAUUUUAGGCUCCCAAAAAAAAAAAACAGCAUUUUUUCUUAACUUAACGAGCAGUUGAACAAUAAAGAAAUGCAAAACAACGCAAUGAUUCCACGUUGUGAAAUCCAGCUGAUGAAGUCAAAUAAAGUCCGGAGUGCAACAGAACUCAGGAAAAUGGAAAAGUAUUCUUACUCUUUGCUCUCAUUCAAAUCCUUUCCCUUGUUGCCCUCCCGCGUCCUUAACUGAUUUGGUGACGAAUAGAAUCCCUGCUUUACCAGGCUGGUAAGCAACGCUACGUUACGCACUACUUCAUGGGGAGUGCGGCAUUACAUGUGUCUGUUGUUUAGAGGCUGGGCAAGGCAAGGCUGCUGCGCCCCCUACUGGGAUCCAACUGGUUGCACUGGAAUGGGACUGGGUUGGUCGGACCUUGGACAGGUUUUGCUUAGUAAUAAUGAUAACGAUGAUGAUGAUGAUGAUAAGUGGACCCUGGGAUGCUUUGUCCUCUCGGAUCGGACCCCCUGUUGUGCUGUAAAACGGGACAUCCCAGCUGGUCGCGCUCCACUGAAGCGGCCCGCCGACGGCUCUUUUUUCCACGCUCUCCGUUUCUAGACUGGUGUUAGCGGAUGUGAUUAAUAAGCGCUGCCAAAAUAUGCCUUUUCAUUGGAUUUGAUUGGUACAACUUUCCUUUUCAAAUCUGACUUCUCACGCAAUUUAGUUGUUUUUUUUAUAUAAAUAUAGAAAUACAUACGCAGCUGCUUCUCCGUAAAUGAGUUGAAUUUAGGAAAGGCUCAGGACGUUUUUGUACUUUUUGGAAUUAAUUUCCUCAUUUUUGAUCAUUUUUCACAUUAUGAGAGCCUAAAUUUGGCCUUUUUUUGUUGUUUUUUUUAAGCUGUAAGCUAUAAUUAUCAAAAUGAAUAAGAAAUGCAUUCUUGAAAUAGUUCAUUGUGUGUGUAGUCGAGCUACAGCAGGGGUGUCCAAACUGCAGCUCCGGGGGAGAUUUGAGGCUUUUUAUUGCAGCACAUUCCAAAAAUAUGAUUUCAUGAGAAAAAAGAAAUGGGGGGGGGAAGAGCAGAGCUGUAAUUUUCAGAGAAUAAAAUUAAAAUAUUAGGAGAAAAAUAUUGCAUUCUAACAAGGAAAAAGCCACAAUUUUCCGAGAAUAAGCUUGUAAUAUUAUGAGGAAAAAUAAUGUCAUUUUAGUAGCAUGAAGUUCAAAUAUUAAAGGAAAAAAACCCACAUUUUUUAAAAGAUGUAAUAUGAGAAGCAAACAAAAUAAAGUUGUAAUUUUGGGAAAAUUUGGUUGGAGAAAAAGUUAUAAUAUUACGAGAAUAAAGUCCAAAUAUUAUAAAAAUAGUCAUAAUUACAAGAUGAAAAUUUACAAGAUGAAAGUUUAAAUAGUUGUGAUUAAAAAAAAAAAUUAAGUUGUAUUCUAACGAGAAGAAAGUCACAAUUUUACGAGAAUAAGCUUGUAAUAUUAUGAGGAAAAAUAAUGACAUUUUAGUAGCACGAAGUUCAAAUAUUAAAAGAGAAAAACAAACAUUUUUUUAAAAGACAUAAUAUGAGAAACAAAAAGUUAUGUUUGGAAAAUUCUGUUGGGGAAAAAGUUAUAUAACGAGAAUAAUUUCAUGAAAAUAAAAUCGAAAUAUUAUGAGAAAAAAUGGCGCAAUUUUGCAAGAAUAUGCCUGCAAUAUUAUAAAGAAAAAUGUCAUUUUUAGUAGCAUAAAGUUCAAAUAUU